GGCAAGGAUUCCUAGUCGAAAACCGAGUUAAUCCCUAGUGCCUCUCACCGGACAUCAUUCGUCACAAUGGCAGAUAAACAAAGUGCCCAGAAAAGCGUCAAAAUAGCCGCCGGAGCCGUAGUUUGUGUGGAAAGUGAAAUCAGAGGAGAUGUGACCAUCGGCCCCAGAACAGUGGUGCACCCAAAAGCUCGUAUUAUUGCAGAGGCAGGACCCAUAGUGAUCGGAGAAGGCAAUUUGAUCGAGGAGCAAGCUCUGAUUAUCAAUAGUUACCCAGAAAACAUCACACCAGAGUUGGAGGUGGAACCAAAGACAAUGACCAUCGGCAUCAACAAUGUAUUUGAAGUCGGCUGUGUAUCACAAGCUCUGAAGAUCGGGGACAACAAUGUGAUAGAAUCGAAAGCUGACGUCGGUAGGAAUGUGAUCCUCACCAGUGGCUGCAUCAUCGGAGCUUUCUGUCAGGUCAACACGUGUGAGGUCAUACCUGAGAACACGGUCAUCUAUGGCUCCGGGUGUAUGAGACGGGUUCAGACAGAGAGACCACAGCCCCAGACUCUUCAGCUCGACUUCCUGAUGAAGAUUUUGCCUAACUACCACCAUCUCAAGAAAACUGUCAAAGCAGGCCACACUACCAGCUAAAAGUUAGCUUUCUAGUUUCUAAGUUGAAUUAUAAAUGGCUGAUAAAACCUUAUCAGGAUUAGCGCUUACUGGAAGGAAGGAAGCAUGAAUGUAUAUAAUCAUAUAUAAUAAGCAGCUGGCUUUAUCAGUAAGUAUUUUCUCUUGCCGAUUAAUAUUUUCUACUCUAACUGCAACAGAUUUUAAGCAUUUCAUCUUUAUUUCUCUGUGCUGAUGUGCUUUUCUAUAAUAAAUUAGAUGACCUCAAA